UUAAUAUUAAAAAAUUAUUUAAUGUAAUUUACAAUAGAGAUCAAUGAACCAAAGUUUCUGCUUCUCCACAAUCUAUCCGGGGAACUUGGCGAAAUCAGCGGCUCUCGAUAAAAGCCAAGGAGCGAACAUCUUGCAACAAAAUUGCCGUUUUGCUUUAAUUGAGAAGCUGAUGGAUGAGGAAGCCGAAUUGAUUGAAGCAAAUUCCCAAAGACAGUUUUAAGAUACAGGAAGAAAAACGGGAGGCAGAGUGGCGUCAAGAGCUUUGUGAAACCAAACGAAGGCGAUCACCAACUUCGACUCAAUCAAACAACUCGGCUGGA